AUGAAGAUUCUCCUGCUGUGCGUGGGGCUGCUGCUGACCUGGGAGAGCGGACAGGUCCAGGGACAGCAGCUGGUCUCCGACAAUGAGCUCCAGGAAAUGUCCUCCCAAGGGAGCCAGUAUAUCACUAAGGAGAUUCAAAACGCCGUCCAGGGAGUGAAAGAGAUCAAGACUCUAAUAGAGAAAACGAAUGAAGAGCGCAAGUCGUUGCUGACCACCUUGGAGAAGGCAAAGAAAAAGAAGGAGGAUGCCCUGGAAGACACAAGGGACUCUGAGAAGAAGCUGAAGGAAUUGCCAGACGUGUGCAACGAGACCAUGACGGCGCUGUGGGAGGAGUGCAAGCCCUGCCUGAAGCAGACCUGCAUGAAGUUCUAUGCCCGCGUCUGCAGAAGCGGCUCCGGCCUGGUGGGCAGGCAGCUGGAGGAGUUCCUGAACCAGAGCUCGCCCUUCUACUUCUGGAUGAACGGGGACCGCAUCGACUCCCUGCUGGAGAACGACCGGCAGCAGAGCCACGUCCUGGACGUCAUGCAGGACAGCUUCACGCGGACGUCCCGGAUCAUGGAUACCCUGUUCCAGGACCGCUUCUUCUCCCACGAGCCCCAGGACACCCGCUACUUCUCGCCCUUUGGCCUCUUCCACCGGAGGCCUUACUACUUCUUCCCCAAGUCGCGCCUGGUCCGCAGCCUCAGGCCUCUGUCCCCGUACGGACACAUGGACUUCCCGGAUCUGUUCCAGCCCUUCUUCGACAUGAUCCACCAGGCCCAGCAAGCCAUGGACGUCCCGUUCCACAGCCCGGCCUUCCAGUCCCCCAGCAUGGACGGCACAGGAGAGGGCAGCGAUGACCGGGCGGUGUGCAAGGAGAUCCGCCGGAACUCCACGGGAUGCCUCAAGAUGAAGGACCAGUGCCAGAAGUGCCAGGAGAUCUUGUCUGUGGACUGUUCCGCCAGCAGCCCUGCGCAGGCCCAGCUGCGGCAGGAGCUGAACGAGUCCCUGCAGAUGGCGGAGAGGAUGACCCAGGAGUACAACCGGCUGCUCCAGUCCUACCAGACCAAGGUGCUCAACACCUCCGCGCUCCUGGAGCAGCUGAACCAGCAGUUUAACUGGGUGUCCCGGCUAGCCAACCUCACGCAGGGGGAAGACCAGGCUUAUCUCCGGGUUUCUACAGUGACGACCCACACUUCCGACUCGGACACCCCCUCCCGCGUGACGGAGGUGGUGGUGAAGCUCUUUGACUCUGAUCCCAUCACAGUGGUUCUCCCCGAAGAAGUCUCUAUGGACAACCCCAAAUUUAUGGACACAGUGGCAGAGAAAGCCCUGCAGGAAUACCGCAGGAAGGACCGGGAGGAAUGACACACAAGCACUGCUCCUGCUGCUUUUCUACAUGCAGGGGCCUUGGGGUGCGGCUCCCCAAGGUGAGCCCCGGGCCCCCCAGAUAGAGCUCUGCAUGUCCGCGUGGCCAGCCCCCAGCCCACCGGCCUCUCCUCCCUCUGGACUGCACUCUAACCGCCUGCGGCUGCGUGCUUCCCCAUGCAACUAAUUCAAUAAAACUGCUGUCGUCAGAGUA